GAGCUUCUUCUCCGUCAUCACCACCAGCAUUACGAUUCGCCUCCAUUCCCACGGAUUUCCGCCAUAGUACAUCUCACACCUUCUCCGCCUAUAUAUCUGCAAGCACCCCCGAUUUUCUGCCCCCCAAUACGCUACUACCAAUAACAACAACAACACCAUGGAUCGGUUAAGCCGAAUGCUCGCGGCCGCCCAGAGUAUGGGCGGCAUGGGAGGACCCGCGCAAGACACAAUCCUGAUCGAUAACUCUGAAACCGUCUACAUCUCUUCUCUCGCGCUGCUGAAGAUGCUGCGGCACGGACGUGCUGGUGUGCCGAUGGAGGUCAUGGGUCUGAUGUUGGGAGAGUUCGUAGAUGACUACACAGUCCGGGUGGUGGACGUCUUCGCCAUGCCACAGUCCGGAACAGGUGUGUCAGUCGAGGCUGUGGAUCCGGUGUUCCAGACCAAGAUGAUGGACAUGCUACGACAGACGGGAAGGCAAGAGACAGUAGUAGGCUGGUAUCACUCGCAUCCUGGAUUCGGCUGCUGGCUAUCCUCCGUCGAUAUCAACACCCAGCAAUCCUUCGAACAACUCACACCCCGCGCCGUCGCCGUCGUGGUCGACCCCAUCCAGUCCGUGAAGGGCAAGGUCGUCAUCGAUGCCUUCCGCCUGAUCAACCCACAAACCCUCAUGAUGGGCCACGAACCCCGCCAGACCACCUCCAACGUCGGCCACCUCAACAAGCCUUCGAUUCAGGCACUCAUCCACGGGCUUAAUAGGCACUACUACUCCAUAGGCAUCAACUACCGAAAGACGGGUCUUGAGGAGAACAUGCUGAUGAACCUGCACAAGCACGUGUGGACGGAGGCGCUGCUCAUGGACGACUUCCGAGAAGAGGGCGUGCGAAACAAGGACAGGCUGCAGAAGCUGGUGAGCCUGGCAGAGGGAUACGAGAAGAGGGUGAAGGAGGAGACGGAGUUGACCAAGGAGCAACUGAAGACGCGAUACGUCGGCAAGGUGGACCCGAAGAAGCAUCUCGAAGACGUCGGCCAGAAACUCAUCGAAGACAACAUCGUCUCCGUCUCGCGACAAAUGAUCGACAAGGAAGCCAGCGUUCCCAAGACGGGCUCAAGAUCAGAACGCAACGCCCACGGCGACGGCGAUGUCGAGAUGGACGAGUAGAGAAACGAAAGGCAUCUGGCAAGGGCGAGCGAUAUCAUAGGAUACGGUACGAUACCACUAUCACGACAAAACCGUGUAGAGGGAUACGGAAUCAGCAUUUGUGACAAGGCCGUUAUACUACUCGUAGACUCCGGUCGGGGGGGCGGACUCAGUUGGAACGACGCCAUCCCCCGUGAUUUUAGAAGAAGUAAAGCUUCCAAAACAGCGUUCCUCCCUCUCGGCAUCAAAUAGCCCCCCCAUCUGCUGCCAUUCCUUCUAGCGGCAACUCCAAGCAUGAAAUAUGAGCAAAACAUUAAUUUCAAACAUCAUGUCCAC